AUGGACAGAAUAAGCAACUUACCAAUUGAUCUCAAACACAAAAUUUUGUGUAAGUUGUCCAUCAAGGAGGCAGUGAGGACAACUGUUUUAUCAAGAAGCUGGAAGCACAGUUGCGAUAUGCUCCCACAUCUUGUGUUUGAUGAUCGAUGUUGCGUCUCAUAUGUAAACGAGGAUGAAAAAACCAAGAGGAAGAGAGAAACAAAAUUCUAUCACAUUGUUGAUCAAGUUCUUUCACUUCAAGAAAAUAAUACCUCCCUAGUCACCUUCAAGCUUUCUCAUCGAAAUGAGCACGUUGGCACUCAGCAUAUAGAUAGAUGGAUUCGUCAUUUAUCGAGAACCUCAGUCAGAGUGGUGGCACUGAAACAGUGGCGUGGGUCUCUUUACCAUGUCUCUUCAAGACUGUUUUCGUGUCGAGAUUUACAACAUUUAGAGUUUUUCGGUUGUUCUCUCAAAAUCCCGUCCUCAUUUGAAGGGUUUGGAAAAUUGAGUAGCCUUGAUAUUCAAAAGUCUACUAUUGAGGAAGGUGGUCUUGAAAAAUUGAUUAGUUGCUGUCCUCUGCUGGAGACCCUGAUUGUGAUUAAUUGUGAUGGUAUCGCUCAUCUCAGCAUUGAUGCACCAAAUCUCAAAUACCUUGAUAUAGCCGGUGCUUUCGAGUAUCUUAACAUUGAGAAUUCCUUGAAUCUUUGGUAUGUUGGGAUAAGCCAACUAGAAGCUUCUGGGAGCUUUAAGAAUUUGCUAACAUAUUUAGUUCAACUGAGUUGUCUCAAAAGGCUCAAAAUUCAAGGUUAUUUUCUACAGCGUGUUCUUUACUCCUUGGACGAAGAGCUGCCGAAACCAAAUCUUUGUCUGAAAUAUCUUUGUCUCUGCAUAUGCUUGACUAGUGUGCAUGAGAUUAUAGCAGCUAUACACAUUCUAAGAAGUUUACCUGCCCUUGAAGACCUAGAACUUUCGGUUCGCCAAGGAGAUGGGCCUGCUUUUCCUCCUGGAGGAAUAAACUCUUGGUUGAAUGAGAACCAGAACUGGGACAAAUUCAGCCAACUGAAGAGGGUGAAAGUAGCCAGCUUCUCUGCUGGUGCCAGAAGUGAAGUAGAUUUUAUUAAAUAUCUGCUUCUAAGCUCUCCUGCUCUUCAGGAACUAGAAAUUACGGCCCGGAAACCUGAUCCAGCGAUAGGAAAAUCAGAGUCGUUGUUAGAUGACUUCCAGAAAUGCAAAUUCACCAAACUGCGAGUUGUGAUACUAAGCGGCAUUUCAGGUGUUGAAUCUGAAAUAGGUCUCGUCACAUUUCUGCUACGAUGUUCACCUCGGCUUCAGAAGAUGACUAUCCAGCCUGGUUCCAUUAGUAGUUAUUGUGAGCGUGAGGUAUUUAGAGAGUUACUCAAUCUUAGGAGCGCCUCUCGCAGAGCAGUGAUAGAGUACUUGGACCCUAUGACGGAAUCCGAAUCUCAAUCCGAAUCCGAAUCUGAAUCUGAAUCUGACUCAGACUCAGACUCAGACUGA